UUUCCUCAAACUUUGCCUCGCAUUCUUAUCCUUUUAAAUUCUCGUUUUCCGAAAAGAUAGUUUCUUGAUUUUCUCGAACACGUCUUCUGCAAAUACCCAAAUUGGAAAUACUUCCAAAUCUGUUUUUUUUUAUUAUUUCAUUGCCGUCAAUAAACAAGAAAUUCUUUAAAAACCCCAAGGUCUUCCUCUACUCGCAUUCCCUGAAUUAUACAAAUUAAUAUAUAAAAAAUAAACAGUUUAUAAUUACAAAUGGGUGCCUCGGAGAAAACCAUUCUUGUUACUGGAGGUGCUGGCUUCAUUGGAACCCACACAGUGGUGCAGCUUCUCCAUGAAGGGUUCAGGGUUUCAAUUAUUGACAAUCUUGAUAACUCUGCUAUUGAAGCUGUUGAUAGGGUUAAGGAAUUGGUGGGUCCUCAGCUCUCCCAGAAACUUGACUUCCACUUGGGUGAUCUGAGGAACAGGGAUGACUUGGAGAAGCUUUUCUCUAACACAAAGUUUGAUGCCGUCAUUCACUUUGCUGGCCUUAAGGCUGUCAGAGAGAGUGUCGAUAACCCGCGUCGCUAUUUCGAUAACAAUUUGAUUGGGACUAUCAAUCUUUAUGAGACCAUGGCCAAAUACAAUUGCAAAAAGAUGGUAUUCUCAUCCUCUGCAACUGUCUAUGGCCAACCUGAGAAAAUACCAUGUGUUGAAGAUUUUGAGUUGAAGGCCAUGAAUCCUUAUGGACGGACCAAGCUUUUCCUUGAAGAAAUUGCACGAGAUAUUCAGAAGGCUGAACCAGAUUGGUGUAUCAUUUUACUGCGCUACUUCAAUCCUGUUGGUGCUCAUGAGAGUGCUCAAAUUGGUGAAGAUCCUAAGGGCAUCCCAAAUAAUCUCAUGCCUUACAUACAGCAAGUGGCCGUCGGUAGAUUGCCUGAACUUAAUGUAUACGGUCACGAUUAUCCGACCAAGGACGGCAGUGCGAUCCGAGACUACAUCCAUGUUAUGGAUUUAGCUGAUGGCCAUAUUGCUGCACUUAGGAAGCUUUUUACCACAGAUAAAAUAGGUUGCGUUGCCUACAACUUGGGAACAGGCAGUGGUACAUCUGUGCUUGAAAUGGUUGCUGCUUUUGAAAAGGCUUCUGGAAAGAAAAUCCCCAUUAAACUAUGCCCGAGAAGACCCGGAGAUGCUACUGCAGUUUAUGCUUCCACUGAGAAAGCACGAAAUGAACUUGGUUGGGAGGCGAAAUACGGUGUAGAGGAGAUGUGUAGGGACCAAUGGAAGUGGGCAAGCAGCAAUCCAUGGGGAUACAAGUCUAAGCCUUGAAGCUUUCCCUCAACAUCACACCUCGUUUAAGCAUCCCCUUACGUUAGAUUUUCAAGUGUUAGAUAUGUGUACUAAUGUUGUUUCUAUUCAAGGUCAUUUAUAUCAAAUUUAAUAAUUCUUAUUUUG